AUGCUAAGUCGCUCUGCAAAUGUACUUAUUAAUAGUGCAAUAAGAGGCGCUCACAAGCCUUUACUGGCUACCGUAUCUCGCGUUCUUCUACCAAAACAGCGUUUAUUCCACUCUUUGAGAUUUUACUCAGCACCAUCAUCAAAGAAACUGUCAGCUGACAAGACCCAAGAUGAAAAAACAGAGUCCAUUUUGAAUGAUGAGAUGCUAGCUAGGGCCGGAUUUGAAGACGUAGACCCAAAAAAGGAGUCUUUUGCAAAGCAGGAGGAGAAGGGAUCAUUUGAAGAAGAAGAGUCCUCCACGUCUUCGUCUUCGUCAUCAUCAUCAUCUUCUUCUUCUCCGGGAUCCAAGAAAAGAAGAAGAGCACAAACUUCUAAAGAUAGGCAACGUGAGAAAUACGCAAACAUCUUUUAUUUGGCUACUUUUGCUGGAGCAGCAGUUGGAUUGGGAUACAUGAGUAGAAACUGGGAUUCAGUAAAGGAGCAAGAAGAGAUGGAUGCUACGAAUAUUGGUAAUGGAUAUGCACCAACAUUGAUGUAUGAAAGACUUUGUAAAAGACUAGGAUCCUUGUUUACAUUUUUUUCGGAACCGGCAUUUGAAAAUUUACUACCACCACCAGCGCCAGAACAGUAUCGUCGUCCAUUAACUUUGGUAUUAACGUUAGACGACUUAUUGAUCCAUUCAGAUUGGGACACCCAACACGGAUGGAGGACAGGAAAGAGACCUGGGUUAGACUACUUUUUGGGCUACUUAUCACAGUACUAUGAAAUUGUAUUGUUUUGCACCAACUCGCAGUUUUAUUCAGAGAAAAUGGUUAGUAAAUUAGAUCCUUAUCAUGCAUAUAUAUCAUAUGCAUUAUUUAGGGAAGCAUGUCGUUAUAAAGAUGGCAAAAUCAUCAAAGAUUUGUCAUUGUUGAAUAGAGAUUUAGGCAAAACGAUUUUGAUUGAUGUUGAUGAAGAUUCAUGUUCCUUACAGCCUCAAAAUGCCAUCAUUGUUAAGAAAUGGGAUGGUAAACCUGAUGACUAUCUUAUUCGUAUGAUACCAUUUUUGGAGUACCUUGCGACUCAACCAGUUAAAGACGUUCGCCCAAUCUUGAAUACGUUCAAAGACAAGUCCAAUAUAGUCGAGGAGUUUGGUGAACGUGAAAGGGAAUUGAGACGACAAUGGAACAAGGAACAUGGAAAUAGGGAUAGACCCAAUGCAGGAAACUUUUUAGCCAAAUUUUUGGGAAUGCCAGUGCCUGAACAGAAAAUGCCUCUUGAUAUAAUUAGAGAACAUGGCCAAUUGCAAUAUCAACAUUUUCAAAAGUAUUUGCAAGAAAAUGCUUCUAAAUUUUUAGAAGAAGAGCAAAAAUUGAAAGAUGAAUUUGGUAAAUUGACUUUGAACAAGUUGAUUACUGAAGGUGCACCUAAUCCCGAAGAAAUUGCAAAAGUGCAACAACAAAGAGCUGCCGAAGAAGCUGAAAAACAAAAGAAGGAAGCUACUAAAUAA